AAUCACUUCGGAGAAAUUAAUAAAAUUCAAAACUCUUCAUCAUCCUCUUCUUCUUCUUCUUCUUCUUCUUCUUCAAGCGAACUGCAAUACUUUCAAGAAACAGCUCAACUGAGCUCAGUGAAAAAUCAAGAACAGGGGAAAAGCAGACGAGGAGGAGGAGAGAGAUGGGAGAAACGGCGCAUCACCACCAUGGUCCUCCGCCCCCACAACAGGCGGCGCCACCGCCUCAACCGCCGCCGCCGAACUUCGCCCUCUCGAGGGGGCCCACUUGGCCUCCCGCCGAGCAGCUCCAGCACCUUCACUACUGCAUCCACUCCAACCCCUUUUGGCCUGAAGCCGUGUUGCUCGCAUUCGAGCACUACAUCGUGAUGCUCGGGACCACCUUAUUGAUCGCGAGCACCCUCGUGCCUCGAAUGGGUGGUGACUCUGGCGAUAAGGCCCGUGUGAUCCAGUCGUUGCUCUUCAUGUCCGGUAUCAACACGUUGCUCCAGACUUUUCUUGGCACGAGGCUGCCUACUGUGAUGGGCGCAUCAUUCGCGUUUUAUCUUCCAGUUCUAUCGAUCAUCAAUGACAACACAGACAAGAACUUCUCCAAUGAGCACGAUAGGUUUGUAUACAAUAUGAGAACCAUUCAAGGGUCUCUGAUUGUUUCGUCAUUUGUCAACAUAAUCCUUGGAUUUAGCAAAGCAUGGGGCAAUUUCACAAGACUGUUCAGUCCUGUAACUAUUGUACCAGUGGUUUGUGUGGUGGGUCUCGGUCUGUUUCUGAGGGGCUUUCCACUGCUCGCUAACUGCGUGGAGCUAGGCCUUCCGAUGCUGAUUCUUCUAGUCUUAUCUCAACAGUACAUUAAGAGGGUAUUUCCAUCGGGUCACAACAUACUAGAGCGAUAUGCCUUGCUACUCUGUAUCGGGAUAAUCUGGGCAUUUGCUGCGAUUCUUACUGUCUCUGGGGCCUACAACAAUGUGCCAGAACAGACUAAAUUGAGCUGUCGCACUGAUCGUUCUUUUCUCAUGUCAUCUGCCCCCUGGAUUAAGAUUCCAUACCCCUUUCAGUGGGGUACUCCCGUGUUCAGAGCGAGCCACGUCUUCGGUAUGAUGGGUGCUGCCCUUGUUUCUUCUGCAGAGUCGACGGGGACAUUCUAUGCAGCCUCUCGUUUGGCAGGGGCCACACCUCCCCCAGCACAUGUGCUUAGCAGAAGCAUUGGGUUACAUGGUAUUGGAAUGCUUCUUGAAGGGAUAUUCGGAUCUGUUGUUGGUACAACUGCGUCUGUUGAAAAUGUUGGCCUUCUUGGACUUACCGGCAUUGGGAGCAGAAGAGUGAUCCAGAUAUCGACUGCUUUUAUGAUAUUCUUCUCCAUAUUCGGGAAAUUUGGUGCCUUCUUUGCUUCCAUCCCUCUACCAAUUUUUGGCGCCAUAUAUUGCAUAGUAUUGGGCAUUGUUGCUGCUGUUGGGAUCUCUUUCACGCAAUUUGUGAACAAUAACUCCACGAGAAACCACUACGUCCUUGGUGUCUCUCUCUUCUUAGGCAUAUCGGUCUCUGAGUAUUUCGUCCUGAACACAAACGGUAAUGGUGAUGGACCUGUCAGAACGGGUGGUGGCUGGUUCAACAACAUAUUUAACACGAUAUUCUCCUCGGCUCCAACCAUGGCGAUGAUCGUGGGGACGAUCCUCGAUAACACAUUAGAUGCAAGGCACACGAGGAAUGAGAGAGGGAUCCCGUGGUGGGUCCCGUUCCAGCACAGGAAGGGAGACAUUCGGAACGAGGAGUUUUACAGCUACCCGCUUCGGAUACACCAGCUCAUUCCCACUAGGUUCCUAUGAAAACUGUACUUCUCAACUUUUAUGUAACAUUACAAAGAGCUGCCUUGUACAAUAUGAUAAAUGUACUUGUAACUUUAGCAACUAGAUCGGACCGGCAUGGGUUUUGAAAGUUCAUAGCUCCACAGGAAGGGAAGUUUAUGCGUUUCAAGGAUCUAGUAGAAUGUCACCUUUGGAACUGUGCUCUUUUGUGCCAAGUGACUUUGGAGUGACGGAUUGCUUCUAAAAUGAAUGAAAUUGCAAAAAGGGAAAAUUACCAAACAGUCCCCUAAA